AUGAAUGAUGACAGCAAGAGCGUCACGCCUGACGACAAGCCUGUCUUGAGUGACACCAAGUCGCCUGGUGUCGCUCGCAUUGAAGCGCUCAACGCUCACACCUCACUUGCCGACCGCUGCUUCAUCUUCUUCGGUCUUUUCCUCGUCGCCUAUGCAUACGGUCUCGAUGGCAGUCUUCGCGGCGUGUACCAGCCUUACGCAACUGCUGGCUUUGAGACGCACUCAACGCUUGCUACCAUCGGUGUAUUGCGAAGCGUGAUUGCCGCGGCUGCUCAGCCAACAGCUGCAAAGAUAGCCGAUGUUUUUGGACGAAUCGAAGUCAUCCUCGUGUCCAUCUUCUUCUAUGUCCUGGGCACGGCAAUCGAAGCUGUCGCCAGCAACGUCGAGACAUUCGCAGCAGGCGCAGUGUUCUACCAAAUCGGUUACACAGUGAUGAUCGUGCUCAUUGAGAUUGUGAUUGCCGACAUCACGUCUCUUCGAUCUCGUCUGUUCUUCUCAUACGUCCCCGCCAUACCCUUCUUGAUCAACACCUGGGUCAGCGGUGAUGUUAGCAGCGCAACCCUGAACGCCACGAGCUGGCGAUGGGGUGUCGGCAUGUGGGCCAUCAUCUACACUGUGUGCUCGAUCCCAUUGAUUGUAGCCCUCCAGUGGUCAUCAUACAAAGCCAAGAAGGCAGGGGCACUCGACAACUACCGGUCUCCUUAUCAGAUACACGGUGGCAAGCGCCUCGCAGCAGCGCUCUUCUGGCAACUCGACGUCCCGGGCAUCUUUCUACUGAUCGCAGUGUUUGGCUUCAUUCUCACUCCCUUUACUAUCGCAGGCGGCGCCUCCUCGCAAUGGGGAACAGCCAAGGUCGUCGCGCCUCUUGUAAUCGGCAUCCUUUGUGUCCCAGUCUUCGUUAUCUGGGAACGUAAGGCUCCUUAUCCCAUGAUACCGUUCCAUCUCCUCGCCGACCGCGCAGUUUGGGGCGCCCUCGGGAUCGCAUGCACGCUGAACUUCGCUUGGUACAUGCAAGGCGAUUUCCUCUAUACGGUGCUUGUCGUGGCAUUCAACGAGAGCGUCAAGAGUGCGACACGCAUAUCCUCGCUGUACAGCUUCAGUUCUGUCAUCACCGGGUUGGUUCUGGGUAUGGUUGUCUACCGGGUACGACGCCUCAAGCCAUUCAUCGUCUUCGGUACCUGCCUCUUCUUGGUCGCAUUCGGAUUGCUAAUCCACUACCGUGGCGGUACCGGCGACACGAGCCACUCCGGUAUCAUCGGCGCACAAAUAUGUCUCGGUAUCGCUGGCGGUAUGUUCCCGUAUCCAGCACAAGCCAGUAUUCAAGCAGCAACCAAGCACGAGCAUGUUGCCAUUGUCACUGGCAUCUACCUUGCCACCUACAAUAUUGGAUCAGCGUUCGGCAACACCGUCUCAGGUGCCAUGUGGCAGCACAUCAUUCCAGGUGAGCUCCUGCGCCAGACAGGCAGCUCGACGCUGGCUGGCGAGGUAUACGCUGACCCAUUCACUUUCGCCAAGACGUAUCCCAUUGGCACCCCUGAGAGGGACGCAGUCAUCCUGGCGUAUCGUCAUGUCCAACGGCUGUUGUGCAUCGCUGGGAUCUGCCUUUCGAUCCUCCUUAUUGGUUUCUCGUUAGUUAUCCGCAAUCCUGAGCUGGGCAAGAAGCAGAGUCUGGAGAAUGCCGAGCGCGAAGUCCGUGAGACAAAGGGCAAGGGCGUAUGGACUUGGUUGAAGAAUUGA